AUGUCCACUUCUUCCUUAAGCAGAAUACCUGCUUCACAACAACAUCAACAACGAAGAUCAUGGAUCACUCUAGGAGCACUUCUUCUGCUAUGCUCUUGUUUCAUUGCAACCGUCAAAGCUGAUGAUUUUCCUUCGAUCGAUUUUCAAGGUCUCGGAAAUGUGGGCGUUGCAGGUGCAUUUGAUGGAAUAGCAAUCUGGAAGCCAGAUCUAGCGACAAACAAUCAAUCAAAUGUAUACAAUUCAAACGUAAGCUCACUCGUCUUUCGGGAUAACACUGGUGCUUUGAGUAAGAUCAAUGAAACCAAUCAAGGCGGUCGUAUUCGUGCAAUCUGCCAGCGAUCCACAGCUCCACGAACAGUGUAUGUUGGUGGAUUGUUCACUCAGAUAGGAGGACUAAAUGCAAGCAAUAUUGCAGCUUACGAUCCCACAGCAAAGGCAUGGGACAAUUUGAAUGGUGGUUUGAACGGAGAAGUUUUGUCGCUCUACUGUGACGACCUGCAUAGUAUCAUCUACGCCGGUGGAUCGUUUGUGAAACCAGCCAACGUUUCCAAUGUGACUGAUACCUCUCGCUACUUGGGAGCUGUUGCAACAUACAACUAUACCAGUAAACUUUGGGCGCCUGCUCCUUUUGGUGGAGUGAAUGGUUCCGUCACUCAAAUCGAUCAAGGUGUAAAUGCUUCGACAAUUCGUUUCGCUGGUGCAUUUUCGACAAACUUCUCCUCGACUGUUGGUAAGAAUAUCUCGAUCUCUGGAACAAACUCUUCAGCAUCGCCUUUAAGUAUUGCUUAUGCACCUUUGCCGCUCGGUCAAACUGAAUUUCAAGGAGGGCCAUCUUCUGCAAAUGCAUCCUUUGCCAAUCCAGCUCAAAUUCUUUGCCCACAAGGUAAUGAUGGCGCAAAUAAUUCGUACUUGUUUGCCGAUAAUACGACUGGUCGAUUGACCAUGCGUGCAUUCCGUAAUUUGCCAACUCGAGCAUUCCGAUUGGGAAAUACGUUUGUUGAAGGUCGCGGUACAAAGACGUUUGGCAUCAUUUCUAUUCCUGACAACACGCAGCUUGAGCUACAAUACUUGGAUACAGAAACACAGAAGAAUGCAACAUGUACAACCGAUUGUCCUCUCACGAAUGAUGCUGCGAUCCCGUACCAAGACUUCUUAAUCACAAACAAUCCAGCUAACGGACUGCAAAACGGUAUCAAGCAAUUGACAGGUAUCCAAUUCACAGCAACGGCUUGGUACGGCAAUGGAGCUGGAUUGCACUUGAUGCAGUUGCUCACAGAUGGUUCCGCUGCAUUUGCAUAUCCAGCCUACAAUCGUGGUGCUUGUCAAUCUAAGGCAGUGGGCGCUAGAGGAUUCACUUCUACUACCAAUAAUACAGGUGCAUGGUAUUACAGCAAUGUUCGCUUGUCGAGCACAAAUACUCUGGAACCUGUUGCUACGUUGUCUGAUGACUUUAGCAACUUGAGCAACAAUUUGGACGCACAAGUAUCGUGGACGUUGGAUGUACAAUACGAUGGUAAUUACACUGCUUAUAUGUUCGUGCCAGGCUGUCAAGAUGGAGACCAAUGCAACGUUCGUACUCAUGUGCAAGCAAGAUUGAUCAACAAUGCUACCACAUUGGCUAAGCCAGGCAAUUGGACCCGAGUGCCACAAACCAAUCCAAACGAUACAACGAUUCAAAUUUUCAGUGGUCCCGUUCAAAAGUCAAGCAAUGGCUUCAAGCCGGUUGUUCAAAUGACAAUUCCAAAAGACGCACCAAAGCCUUCUGGAAGCGACCGUUUCUCGGUAUACGCCGACCGUGUAUCGUUGCAACUCUUCAAUUCCAACGAAACAUAUCAGUACUACCAAGCUUCAGCUACAGGUGUUUUUGAAUACAAUGUCUUUGAUAACAAUGCCAAUAACAACUCCUUGGCUUACGCUGCAGACCCAAUUCUAGCAAAUACGACAAGCUUGAAGGGCAAUGCCACACUUUUACAAGAAGCACUUGUGGGAUUGUACAAUGGUACAGGAAUGCUGCCCAACUCCUCCAUGACGGCUCUUGACUACUUUGGCGUAACUCUCGAUAAUGAAGGUGUUCGUAAGAACGAAUCUGAUGUUGUGUACACAAUCCAGAGUGUGGCCUCUCGUACAUUCGUUGGUGGUCAAUUUGCUAGCACAAAUGUCACAAACACAACAGGAUUCGCAAAUCUUGUCUCUUACGAAGAUGCUGGACAAGGCAAAAAUUAUACCCGUCUUACUGGAGGAGGCUUGAACGGUCCUGUUUAUGCAACUGCACAAGUCGGUGGUUUCUUGUUUGUUGGAGGUGAUUUCUCUGCUACUGCAGACAACACAACAGCCAUUAGCUAUGUUGCACGCUAUGAUCCCAAAGCCAACGUUUGGGCUUCAUUGGGCACAGGCGUAGACGGUGUAGUGCGUUCCAUCGUAACGAUGAACGAUCAAUUGUUGGUGAUUGGUGGUUUUGAUUCGGUCAAUGGAACUCAUCAAACUGGUGGAAUUGGAGUGUACGAUACAACAUCAAAGACGUGGGUGGCACAACCUCUUCCAGUCGUUGGUGCAAUGUCCGCCGUUAGUUCUAGUGAUGCUGGAACGUACGUUGCAGGUGAAAUUGAAAGCGUCGGAAGCACUCCUGCUGAUGCAGCUGUUCAACUUCAAGCCCCCCAAGUUGCAGGCAAUUAUCCCAACAUUACUACGUACAACUUCCAGUUCACCAAUACCAAUACUAAGCCAAGACCAGUCCCAUCCGGCGCAAAAGCUGCUCCUAAUGCAAGAAGGAGAAGCUUGGGUGAGCUCACGAUGGGAAAACGUGACGACGAGCACGAAGAAGGAAAGCGAGACAGUUCGUUCAUUGCUAAAUUGGCUUCCCGUGCCUCCAAUGCACUUCAAUCAAGAUCAUCCAUCGAGAGCGACUUGCAAUUAUCAUCUUUGUUCAAGCGAGCCGAUGUAAUGGAUCCUCCUUCAUUGGACACAGAAGGCGAUAACGAAAUUUUGAGUACCGCUUUCUGGCAACGCAACAGUACCAAUUACAUGAGCGUUCUUGGAGGAAAUUUCACAACAUCAUCAGGUGUAAAGAACUUGGGUAUCUACGAUACACAAUCCCGUGUCUUAAGCUCCUUCCCACCAUUCCCAGAAGGUUCUAACUUGACUGUCGUGCGUGCUGUUUACGUUGACAAGGAUACACUUUACGCGGGUGGUGAUGGAGGUAUUUUGAGCUUCGAUUUGAGAAAAGCAACUUGGAAUAACCUUCCACCUCUUUCAACAAAAGCUGGUACCGUUCUCAGCGUUCGUGCGAUUGGUCAUCGUCCUGGCUCAACAACCAUGAUUGUUGCUGGUACAUUCACAAACGCAGGAGGACUUCCAUGUGCAAACGUUUGUCAAUGGGAUUCAAAGAUGUUACGGUGGAUCAGUAUUGGAAAUGGCGUUGAUGGAAACAUUGCCGCUUUAGACUUUGCUGGUAAUAAGGCAAACACUCUGGUCUUGGCUGGAUCCAUCAACAUGGCCGGACGUGAAGUUGCACUUGCAUCUUGGGUGUUCGAUAAUAAUCAAAACGAUCAAUGGACUGCUUUGGGUACCGUUGGUGGAGGUCCAGGUCAAGCACCUGGCCCUGCAACGGCUGUAUCUGUGGACAAUCUCAACGCAAACUCCAUCUUUGUUGCUGGACGAUCAAAUUCAGGUACAUCUCCUUACUUGACAAAAUGGGACGGAAUGGUGUUCAAUGCACUCGGUAGCAAUGAAUUGCAGUCUACGACUGGUAUCGCUCAACUGUCUUUUGUCGGUUUGACAAAGCCACACCCUGAAAACACAGUAUUGGAAUCAAACAGAAUGUUGGUCGUUAGUGGAGCGUUGAACAUGCAAACGUAUGGAAAUGUGAGCACAGCCUUGUUCGAUGGUCAAUCUUGGACGCCAUUCUUGCUCAGUACACGUACAGGAGGUGGGCCAGGUGUGGUUCGCGCCUUUACUCGUAGUGUUGAAGUUCUCAACUUUAUGAAUUUGCACCGUUUGCCGGUUGGAAUAGUAAUUUUGAUUUCUAUCGCACUCGGUUUGGGAGUCGUAUUCUUGCUUGUAUUGUUGGGUCUCAUUUGGGCAUUGCUCUUCCGCCGUCGUCGUAACAAGAAUGCCGGUGUUGUUGUGCCUGUUCAUGGAAGUGAUGAUACACUUGCAGCAGGGGCAGCCGGAGCAUCAAAUGCAGAAGGCAAGAAGAGAAGACCAUCUUCUCUAUUAGCGACUCUCAACAAGGCAACAGAGAAUGUAAUGGGAGAUUAUCAAUCAGAACAAAUGCACGAUGUAGGAGGCAAAGAUAUCGAUGGACCUUCAACAUCUGCAGCUGCUGCCAUUGGUGGUGGAGCAGCAGUUGGAGCAGGAGCGGCUGGACUUGCAGGUGUUGGUGCAAGUAGCACUUCACACGGUCAUAGUUCAGGAGAAGCAGCCACUUCUCACGGACAUGGUUCAGGAAAUGCCACUUCUCAUGGACACGGACGAGAACGUGAAAGUGCGGCUUAUUUGGCAAGCACACAAGGCCAUAGUGAUGAGACUGGAAAUGCUGCUAAUAGUAGUCAAUACCAUUCUGAUGGACUGACGGGUCGAUCAGGUGUUUCAAGAUACUAUUCUGGAGAAGAAGAUAAUGGUGUUCCAGCAGCAGCAGGAGGAACAGCAGCAGCAGCCGCGAUCGCAUCAUCAUCCACUCAACCACCAAAACAACAAGAAGAACUAGACGGAAUCGAAGCACAUGCACGAUAUACGUUUGAAGCAACUCAUCAAAGUGAAUUAGGCGUUCAUGCAGGUGAAAAGAUUUGGAUUUUGGAUGAUCAAGAUGAACAUUGGUGGCUUGCAAGAAAUGCAGAAGGUAAGACGGGUGUUUUACCUGCUUCUUAUGUGCUAUAAUUUCGGCUUCCAGGUAAUUGUUCUUUCUCUUUCGAACAAUUGUACUUUUAUAUUUUUUUUUCUCUCUCUCAAACAAACAAAAAGCAGUAAAGUCAAUACCCUUUUUCUGCUGGUCAACUUUACCCUCAUUUAUAUCAAUUACGUUCGCUUUUGCACCACCUUCUUUAUUCCUUUUAACUAUAUAACAAACUACCCUUUCCCUUUUUUGUCUCGUUUUAAACGUGCAUUUUUUGCUAUUGUCAAUAAUAUAUACCAUGUCAAG